AUGUCUACCACUACCUCCUCCGUCAGCGCAACCAGCACAGCCUGCGGCAGCAGCGUCUGGCAGAUCCCAACCACCGACGCCGCCUGCGCUGCCGUCGUUCGCGGCAAUGUCACCGAUGCCCUGGACCAGUGCUGCAAAGACGCGUCUGUUCACAAGUACGACAACGACUGUGCCAUCUACUGUCUCGCGCAGGGCCAAGAUACCCACGCCCUCCAGUCCUGUAUGAGCAGCAAGAGCGGAAACUUCAACGAUGUUUUCUGUAACGCCGCUCCCAACGCAACCGCAACGGCCACUGGCUCCAAGUCUACCUCGACCGGCACGAGCACGAGCACCUCCACCUCCACCUCCACCCACAACGCUGCUAUUGCGAACCAGCCCGUGUCAAAGUCGGGCCUGGGCUUGAUUGCGCUCCUUUUCGGAUCUGCUUUCAUGGCCGUUGUUUCUUGA